AAAACAUUUCAUUACAAAUAUCCUAUCCAAGUGAAAUUUCUCUGAAAAAGGUUGGAAUGUGGUCUAUGAUACGCGAGAUAGACCAGACUAAAACGACAUGGGCCAUCAAAGCUAGGGCAGCAAGGGUAUAUCGUGAGCCUGCCCACGAUGGCUUUCCGCCAUCUCUGGAAGUGAUCUUUCAUAAUGCAGAGGGCUCAAAGAUUCACGCUCAUGUGCCUGAUCAAUUUGUUGCCAAGUUUCACGCCUUAUUUAGGGAGGGUCAUAUCUUUGCAGUUAAAAAUUUCAUGGUGGAAAAAAAACUUUAUGUUUUUCAGAACAACAACAAGUGCCAGGCUAAGGUUUUUUAAAACAAGUGAGGCCUUUGAGAUGAAAAUUCCAUUUCCAUUGAAGACAUUUUCAUUGGUGUCCUUUUCUACUCUACAUGCGCAAGACACUAUCGAUGAUAGAGCGGCAAUCAGUUGUCCAUGACAAAGACCCUAAAACGAUUCUAAAGAAUGAUCGUCCCAAGAAACUGUUUGAGCUCAUCUUGGGAGAUACUGAGGGAAAUGUAAUUGCAUGCACGUUGUGGGGUCCUAUUGUAGAAAUGUUGGUCACCUACAAACUAACCACAACUGAACCAAUAGUUAUGCUUCUGCAAUGCUGCAGAGCAAGAAAAUACCAAGGUGACCAUCGUCUGACUUCUUAAUAUCAAGAAACUAAAACUGUUGAGCA